GUGGCGUGGGGGGCUGUAGAUGUGCGACAUCGAGCGCCUUUGUUAUCAAAAAGUGCAGCGUGUGCGCGCUGUGGCUGUUUCAUUAGUCGCCAACUGUCUGCAAGCAGUUUGACGAAAGUCGAGCAGUAAUUUGGGGACGGAAAUAGGUGGCACUAGUUAGGCAGCAUGAGGGCUCACGUUACAGUCUGAACGAGAUGCAGAUGGUACCGGUAAGGGCUUUAUGGCUUUGCCACCCGUGUAGGUGAGUAGCUACACUCCCACUGACCUGGACUUGGGGUGCACGGCAGAGCCAAAACGGCUUCCUUGUGCUCCCGCUACAGGCGUACCGCUCAGUGCGUUCCAUGGCGGAGAUGGAGCUACGAGCAGGCGUGGUGGACUUCACCCGGCAAACCGAUUCGGGCUGCAGGACGCUGCUGCGUUUGCAUCGCUCGCUGCUGUGGCUCGCCAUGACGUUGGACGGGCUGACGCACCCCCCCGACCGGCACGGGCGCCUCAAAACACCCGGCGAGCUCAGCAGGGACGCCUACCAGGUGGCGCUGGCCCCGCACCACCCGUGGGUGCUCCGGCAGGCCGCGGAGCUGGUCUUCCUUGCCCUCCCCGAGCGGGAAUACUUCCUCCGGCUGGUGUGCGCCCAGAACCGGCACGAGGCAGAGCCCGUCCUGCGCGUCGUCAUCCGCGCUCUGGAAAACGUCCACGCUGCGACGCAGCGCAUUCUCGAGGAGCACGCCAUGCUGGACCUGCCCUGAAGGUGCCCGCGCGUCACGGAG